AGCACAGUACCAAGUGUUUGUGACUAAUGGCUCUAUUAGAUGUGGAGGCUCCCUGCUCUCUUCCAAGUGGGUCCUCACUGCUGCACACUGUGACUCUCCUGGUCUGCAGGCUUACAUCGGCAUACAGGACCUUAAUGACAUAAAAAACAGAAAAGUUCAACCUGUGAAGGUCCAAAGAAAAAUAAACCCAGGAUAUAAUAAAGCUAAACAAUUCAACGACAUCAUGCUGAUUGAGCUGAAGGAUAAUGUUCACAGUCCCAAAACUGUCAACCUACCAGCUAAAUGCAGUAACUACCCUGAUAAGGCACCAGAAAAUACCAAGCUUCUUGUUGCUGGCUGGGGAAGUCCAGGUGGAAAGAAUGCUGUAUUACCUACUAAGCUCCGUUGUUUGAAUAUAGAGAAGGAAAGGUGUGCAAGAGCAAUGCCUCCAAUCACUGCUGAUGCCUUUUGUGCAGGAAAAGGGGAUCAUAAAACAAGAGUGGGUGACUCUGGAGGAGGUCUGGUGCUUGAAGCGACGAACGAGGUGUUUGGAGUGGUUCAAAGAGGUUGGCUGCCUGAUCAUAUGUAUCCAGGCAUAUUCACAAGCGUGUGCUCCCACUUGGCCUGGAUCAAACAAGUAACUGGGCUUUGA